AUGUGCGAUUAUGAACCCUCGGGAAUGCCUAUCAUUCUAGCUCUCCAAGGGGCUUUCGCAGAGCACCAGACCACGCUUAACAAUCUCGCGAACAAGUCAUGCACAAAGGUUAAAUCGAUGCCAAAAUUGCUCUCCAAGCUCGUCCGCACGCCCGCCGAGCUUGCAGAGUGCGACGCAUUAAUCAUCCCUGGAGGCGAAUCGACGACCAUGGCUCUUCUCGCACGCAUCUCUGGCUUGCUUGAGCCGCUCAGAGAGUUUGUCCAGAGAAAGCCCGUUUGGGGUACAUGUGCCGGCGCUAUCCUUCUCGCCGAGAGCAUCGAGGGCAGUAAAAAGGGCGGGCAGGAGCUCUUGGGCGGUAUGGCUGUCAAAAUUGGUCGCAAUGGAUUCGGAUCGCAGAUUGAUUCCUUUGAGGCCCCCUUAUUGUGCUCUCCAGAGGCCGUGGCUCUGACCAAACGACCAGAAGAGUUUGUUGGUGUUUUUAUACGCGCUCCUGUCGUACUCGGGAUCACCGAAGAUCCAUCGCGCCCAAAGAUCCAAGUCUUAGCAAAGAUAUCUCCAGAGGCAUUGCCAAAAUCUGAAGAUGCGACUGAUUCGACCACACCAGAAGACGACCCACGCCUGAUUGUGGCUUUACGACAGGGACAUCUCGUCCUUACGACCUUCCAUCCCGAACUCACGAAAGACGACCGAUUCCACGAAUAUUUCGUACUUGAAGUUGUGAUGCCCACAUUCUCCGCUCCUCCGACACCCAGUUAA